UUGGCUGAGGCAGAAAAGUGCCGCUGCCUCGGAGCUUUCGGUUUUGGCUGGGAUCAUCCGCGGCGGCCGGGCUCGUGGGGCGCCUAGAGUGAGGGUUCUGGUUCCCGCCGGCGAGAUGAGGAACCUGGGGCCAUGAGAAGUGAAAUUAUGAGUUAUCCAAAUCACACAGCUAAUUAAGUAGCAGAGCUGGGAUUAGAACUCAGGUUUCCUGCUUCCCAAGUGCUCCGUGAAAGUUGGAAGUGUUGAUUGCCUUCAGGAAGAGAUUGAUGUUAAUUGGAAUACAGAUAAAGCAUAAUGGACAAGGCGUUAUCUUUGGUGAGCUUAGAAGAACACAUCUGUGUUUAUAAAAAGGAUUGUUAAAAUGAGUCUUCGGAAGCAAACCCCUAGUGACUUCUUAAAGCAAAUCAUCGGACGACCAGUUGUGGUAAAAUUAAAUUCUGGAGUGGAUUAUCGAGGGGUCCUGGCUUGCCUGGAUGGCUACAUGAAUAUAGCCCUGGAGCAGACAGAAGAAUAUGUAAAUGGACAACUGAAGAAUAAGUAUGGGGAUGCAUUUAUCCGAGGAAACAAUGUGUUGUACAUCAGUACACAGAAGAGACGGAUGUGAAGACACCAAGAGAGCAACGCUUUUCAUAGUUGGAUAUAUUUUUUUAUGAAUUUUUUUCUAAUUUUUGCUUCUUUUGUGAUACAAUUUGUCCUCUGUUUAUAAUAGUUGGUGAUUUUUCACUGACAUGUGAGUAAGAUAAAUGUAUACAAUUGUGGAUUUAAUUGUGAAAUGUUCUUUCACUUGUAAGUUUCAGUCAUUUUCUUUUACCUCGUUGUCAGUGUACAGAAUGCUAAAAUAAUUAAAAAGAGACAAAAUAUA